ACUCAGUCACCGCCUUGUUUGACUAUAAUGUCGUUGCUUGGGUAGGUCCAGAUUUCGGUAAAUUAUUACCGUUCCACACAACUAAAACCUCUUCGAGGAAGUAUUAGUGCCUGACUGUUACUCCAGACUGACGCAUAAGGUGUUUAUUUCACGAGGUUCGGGUUUUCCCGACGUUCAUCAACAUAAGUAGUAUCCCAGAAAUUUGCUUGUCAGAUUAUUUCGUUAAUAUGUUUCAUGUCAUGAGAUGUUCAGAGCUGUAGUUUCUCCUAGAACCGCAUUCUCUGAUCUUAUUCACAAAAAGCAGUUCAAAUCAUGCAAGUACGUAGUUGUAUAGUGCCAUAAAAUUUCAGUCGUUUCGAAUUUCUUCUUUAGUCACGAUUAUUCCGUCUUAUAUUGAUAACCUAAGUUUGCUCAGGUGCCUGCCUACCUUCGUUACGUCGAAGGUUUUAAGUCAUUGAAGGUCUUGGUCUAUCUAUCUAACUAAAAAGGCAUACAUAAAAUGGGUUGUUUAAUUAGUAAGUCAAAAGCCUGUGAGAGGCCGAGAUCUUUAUAGUUCUGGAAGUAAAAUAACGCUAAUAUAUACUCGUAGUGGUUGCAUUUUUGUUUCGUUCGAAUCCUAGUUAUGGUGGCUUAAAUUCCAGUGAUUUACAUCAUAAAUUACGAAGUUGGUUGUUUGCAGUUAGUGUAGAUAACUAUUGGUCAGCUUUUUCGCCCGUCAAAAUAUCAACGUUCUUGACGUUGCAGUCACGGCCUAUAUUGGCGUAAUAUUUCAAAUGUCUUUAUAAAUAACAUUUACUGAACCACUUCAGCUGCAGAAAUAUUUCUUCGGACAGUUCCAAAAUCGACUUUAACAAAGCAAGUACUUGUGUACGUUGCCAUCAAUAACAUGUUUUUUGUGGAUUUUUAUCUUGUUAUAGUUUAAAUAUCACGGAUGAGCUGUUCGACUGCUAAGCCUACAGGGUUAGAUAUAUUGUUUCCCCAAAGAAUAUCCCUAACCAUGUAGAACGGGAAUUUUGUGUAAUUUCAGUGUAUACAAUGAGAUUUUAUAUCUGUAAGUAUGAAUUGCUUGAUAUUAAUAGUUGCACAGUGCUUUUACACUCCCCAACAAGUAAAUAACUACCCAAUGGUGCUCACAUUACAACCAUAUUGUGUCCGUUAUGUUUAAAAGUUUCGCUAAUAAAUCUUACGGAUUCAGUCAUUAAUGCCAGGUAGUUUGUAAGUACAUGAAUACUUCCAAGAAAAUGUUCACGUAAACUAAUAUGUUUGCUAAGGGGUUGGAAAAGCUUAACCGUAGGAUAAUCAUGUUUUCGGAACUUCAUUCAAUGUGUUUUUAGACAACUCCCAGCUCCAAUUCAAAAGGGUUCAGAUGACUAUGGAACUGCUUUAAACUUGAACGUGGGUUCAAGAGUCCUCGUUGCAAAAUCAACCAUCCCACCGUACGGACAUCGAAAAAACUGGGUGCCACGCAAUCAGGAGGAUUUUUUAGAUGGAGGGGCGUUCCCAGAAAUACAUGUCCCUCAAUAUCCUCUUGGGAUGGGGCAGGAGAAAAAUGUAUCGAAUGCCUUGGUUAUCAAGACUGAUAAAGAUGGAAGAAUCAGAUAUGAUGAACUUGUUCGUCAAGGACACAGCAAAGACAGGAUAAUCUAUUCGAAGUUUUCAGACUUACUACCUAAACCGAUUGAUGAUGACGACCCAGAAUUCGACAAACCAAGUCAAGAGACUAUCGAAGAAACAACGGAAAAAACACGUAGAGCUCUAGAAUCAUUAGUGGAAAUGAAGGUUGCUGCUGCGGCACCUGUACGCCGAGCUGAAAAAACAAAUCCUGCUGAAUAUAUACGUUAUACACCAUCACAACAAGGUGCUGCCUUCAAUAGUGGAGCUAAACAACGCCUCGUCAGAAUGGUGGAAAUGCAGAAAGAUCCCAUGGAACCUCCUAAGUUUAAGUAAGUUCCGCUGAUUCAAAGUUUUGUUUUUUCAGAAUUAACCAAAAGAUCCCUCGCGGGCCCCCUUCUCCCCCACCACCUCUGAUGCAUUCUCCGGCACGGAAAGUUACAGUAAAGGAACAACAAGACUGGAAAAUCCCCCCGUGUAUUUCAAAUUGGAAGAAUCCCAGGGGAUAUACCAUUCCCCUAGACAAACGGGUUGCUGCAGAUGGCCGUGGUCUUCAAACUGUUCAUAUUAAUGAGAACUUUGCAAAACUAGCAGAAGCACUUUAUACGGCCGACAGAAAGGCUCGUGAGGCUGUAGAAAUGAGAGCGCAAAUUGAAAGAAAAGUUGCUCAGAAAGAAAAGGAACGAAAAGAGGAGCAACUUCAAAGAAUCGCUCAGCAGGCUCGCGAAUCUCGAGCGGGUCUUCGUCGUCCUGGCGCAAUUGAAGGUGGAGACAAUGAUCCGGGACUACUUGACCGAGAAGAAUUAAGGCGUGAUCGUGCACGAGACCGUGCUAGAGAAAGAAAUUUAGCUCGUUCUAACAAUGAAGCCAAGGCUAAGAUUGAAAAGGACAAAGAGCGAGAUAUCAGCGAACAAAUUGCACUUGGACUUCCGAAUCCGCGAUUUAACUCAACAAGCGAGAGCUUAUUCGAUCAAAGACUUUUCAAUCAAUCUAAAGGUUUAGACUCGGGUUUUGAAGGAGGUAAGUAAUCAUAUCAACUGUCUACUUCUUUUUAGGUGCGGAUGAUUUGUACAACAUUUAUGAUAAGCCAUGGAGAGGUGAUUCUGAAUUAGUAACUCAUAUAUACCGCCCGCGCCAAAAGGAUACUGAUGCAUAUGGGACAGACCUUGAUGCACUUAAGAAGACUAAACGCUUUGUUCCUGAUCGUGAAUUUUCUGGAACUGAUCAUUCACGUCGUUUGGAUGGUCCAGUUCAAUUUGAGCGAGACGAGGAAGAUCCCUUCAAUCUUAGUAAAUUCUUAUCCAAAGUCAAAAAGGCUGAAAAACGCCCAGGUGAAGGUACCUCAGGAACAGAUAUCAGUAAUCGUGACACUACUCAUCGUAAAAGAGAUCGGAAGGAUUAAACCGCUCUUUUAUACAUUGUACAUAUUGUUUAUGAUGAAAAAAUACGCAAAGUAUUUUCUUGACUUUGUUGGUGAACUGUAGUUGCAAAUUAUGUCAAUUUGUUACGCUUUCACUGAGGUUAAGAUACCUCCCUGUGUAUUUAAAGCCAAAUUAAAUUAAAUUGGAUAUGCUACAGUACAUAUUACUAGUCAAUAUUUCAUUGUUAAGUGUGUGUCGUUCUCUGUCAUCAUGGAAAAGUGUUUAUUGACUGACUUUUUAUUACUACAGUCGUUUGCAGCAAUGUUUCAUAUUUUUUAAUAGUCAUUUUUUGGGUGCCGAAUGUUUUUUUCCUCAAACGAACGUGACUACUGUUUGAACCAUUAAAGCCUAUUUCCAUUUCUAUUUACGAAAGCGUGUUCCCUAGAGGAAUCCCCCUCACUGUCUCCAACUCCUUAAGUUAGUAUUUAUUAUUUUGCUUGGUUUCUGAGAUUAGUUGUUACUCCAGCCCACUUGUUAUGCCUAGUGAGGUGUUCGUUGUUCGAUAUCAUUAAGGCGAUUUGUAUCAACAGUUUAUUAAAAUAUUAGCUUUGACAUAGCAGGGGCGACAGUGAAUGCACCAUACAAGGACCCCCAAAUGCCCUGGUAUGGCCGAGAGUGGGGUGGGCUCUCCCUCCCUCUAUUGUUGUCCCUAUCUUUAAACUGGGUUCACGUGGUUUCUGUAACAACUAUCGGGCGAUAAGUCUACUUCCGAUUGCGUCCAAGCAAUUGGCUUCCGUCAUACUUCGUAGGUUGUUCAAAACCCGAGAAAGAUUGACUCGCGAGGAGCAGGCUGGGUUUCAUUCUGGUCGAGGAUGUAUUGAUCAUAUCUUCACCCUCCGCCAAAUGUUAGAACACCGCCAUACUUAUCAAAGGCCAACAAUCGUAGUAUUUCUUGACAUCACGUCUGCCUUCGAUUCGUUGGACAGAACUGUUCUCUGGGGUUGUCUAUUGAAGAAGGGCGUGCCUGAGAAGUUUAUUAACAUCCUAAAAGCCCUAUAUACAAACACCUCAGGCAGAGUGAGGGCAUACAACCACCUUUCUCCAUUGUUCCAUUCGAGUAGUGAGGUUAGGCAGGGUUGCCCAAUCUCACCAUUCCUCUUCAACUUCGCCAUCGAUGACAUUCUGGAAACAGUUGUGAUGGAUGUAAGUAAUGGCGGUGUGGAUCUAUUGCCUGAAGAAAGAAUUCUCGACCUUGAGUAUGCGGAUGAUAUUGUCUUACUGUGUGAUAAUGCUCAAGCCAUGCAAUCCGCACUUAAUCAGUUGGAAAUCAGUGUCCGUAGGUAUGGUAUGUGCUUUUCACCUUCGAAGUGCAAAGUACUUCUACAAGACUGGCAGGAUUCUAAUCCUGUACUCACCCUGGAUGGUGAGCAGAUAGAAGUAGUCGAGAAGUUCGUGUAUCUGGGUAGCUGCAUAAGUGCUGGUGGUGGCGUGAGUGAUGAGAUCAAUGGACGUAUAGUGAAAGCCAGAGCGGCUUAAGCCAAACUGGGCCAUCUUUGGCAGCUUCGUGAUGUCAGUCUAGCUGUAAAAGGUCGGAUUUACAACGCGUCGGUGAGAGCAGUUUUGCUCAAUGUUUGUGAAACCUGGCCUCUCCGAGUCGAGGUUGUUCGAAUCGCAUACGAUCCACUUGAGGAUCGUUCACUUUGUCCUUUAAAUACUCAGGUGAAAUACAAAAAUAUUACAAUAUAUUCUGAUCCCGAAUAAUAUGUAAACUGUGUAUCAUAAUAAAAAAACUGAGGUUAUUAACAAAUAAGUCGGUAUUAACAGGCUAAACAGUAGGGGAAAUUAUUAUCAUAGUUUUCGUUGCUGUGGGUCAGGUGGGCUUUGGAAUUUUUGCUUCUGACGAUUAACGGGUACACUACCUUAGUGGCCCCCAAAUUUACUUGUACAGUUGAGGUUGAGGGGAGUUAGCUCUCCCUCUCGAAGUGCUCUCACAUGGUCACGCGUACACAGCCACUGCUAGGGAAGUCCUACUCACUGUUUUCUCGCGGCGGUGGUGUUGUUUACGAAAAUGAGGACG